GUUUGUUUGUGGGGACAGAUUUGCAUUUCCAUUUUCCUGGGAAGUUCCCAGGAAGAACAGUCAAAACAAAACUCCCAAAUUCAUCUUUCCUUAACUUCUACGACAUAAACACAUUCAGACAUUAUAGAUCUGAACAAAAAAUGUCUUAAAACAAGAAAAUUCAAAUACCCUUUACUCAAUUUCAUCUUCUUGAAAACCCCAUUUGAUCAAUUUUUCAGUAAAUCUUGAUAAACCCCACAUACAAAGAUUUGAUUUUUAUGUAUGUAUGAAACUGAAAAAACAUGAUGGAACUUAAACCCCUUAAUUCAGUUCCAUCUACAAAGCAACCACCAGGUUUAAAUCUAUUUCCAAGACUCAAUCCACCAGGAAAAACCUUAACUUUCCACAAAUUUUUAGUCCUUUUCCUUACAUUUAUAGCAUAUGCAGCUUUUCAUGCUUCUAGGAAACCACCAAGUAUAGUAAAGUCAGUUCUUGGACCUGAGAUUAAAGCUAUUAAUGGCACUGGGUGGGCCCCAUUUGAUGGUCUAAGUGGGCCCCACCGUUUAGGGGAACUUGAUCUUGCAUUCUUGUUAGCAUACUCAAUUGGGAUGUAUUUUGCUGGUCAUAUUGGUGAUAAUAUUGAUUUGAGAGUUUUCUUGAGUGUUGGGAUGUUGGGUAGUGGGAUUUUGGUGAUUGUUUUUGGUUUAGGUUAUUUUCUUGAUGUGCAUUGGCUUGGUUUUUUUCUAAUUGUUCAGAUUUUAUGUGGGCUUUUUCAGUCUAUUGGUUGGCCUUGUGUUGUAGCUGUAAUGGGAAAUUGGUUUGGGAAAGCUAAAAGGGGUUUGAUAAUGGGAGUUUGGAAUUCAAAUACAUCUGUUGGUAAUAUUAUUGGUUCUUUAGUUGCUUCAUCUGUGUUGGGAUUUGGUUGGGGUUGGUCUUUUUUAUUGCCCGGGAUAUUCAUUUUAGUUGUGGCGGUAUUGGUUUAUAUGUUUCUUGUAGUGAGUCCUGAUCAUAUUGGUCUUGAAUUGGAUUCGAAGGAGAUUGAGAUGAAUGUGGAGGGAGUUGCAUUGGUGGGUCCGGAAACGGGUGAAGCUGAAGAGGAGGGGGGAGUUGUGGGACCUGAAAUGGAGGAGGGUGCUCGUGCGAUCGGGUUCUUGCAAGCCUGGAAGUUACCAGGAGUGGCACCGUUUGCGUUCUGCUUAUUUUUCUCUAAGCUAGUGGCCUACACUUUUUUGUACUGGUUACCGUUCUACUUAAGGCAUACAGUUGUUGCUGGUGUGCAGCUGUCUCACAAAAGUGCUGGGAUCCUUUCGACAAUUUUCGAUAUUGGAGGAGUCGUCGGAGGGGUUUUGGCAGGAGUUACAUCCGACAUAAUCGAAGCUCGUGGGGUUACUUCCAUUGUAUUCUUGUUGUUAUCAAUACCGGCUCUUCUUUUUUAUCGCUUAUACGGGAGUGUAUCUAUGUUUACCAACAUUUCUUUGAUGCUCAUUUCUGGUGCACUCGUCAAUGGUCCUUAUUCGCUUAUUACCACAGCAGUUUCAGCAGAUCUUGGUACUCAGAGCCUGAUAAAGGGGAACUCACGUGCGCUAGCUACUGUGAGUGCAAUUAUAGAUGGUACUGGUUCGGUGGGGGCCGCGCUCGGGCCACUUUUAGCUGGAUAUAUUUCGACUAGGGGAUGGAACAGUGUGUUUGUUAUGCUAAUUCUUUCAAUAUUCAUUGCAAGCCUAUUUUUAAUCCCUAUUGUGAAAAAUGAGAUUAAAGGAAAGCUGAAUGAAGGGAAAUGGCUUUGGAUCAGCAUGAUUAAAAGGUGAUUCAGAACCUCUUGAAGGCAAAGCUACCUCUAUUCGAUUAUGAAAAUGGUUCAUGAUUUGAACCUUUGAGUAGUUCAGCGGUUCACUAUUGUUUGUAUAGAUUCUUAGAGCUCCUUAUUGAGAAAUGAGGAACUCAAUAUUGGAUUCCUGAAGCUGUCAUUCAUGCAUGCCCUUUUCUGGGUUGCGAUUUUCACACAACAGAGAGAUUACUUUUUUUUUCUCGGAUCAGUUAGUACAGCAUAGUGGAUACUUAUACAUGGUUGUUCAUUACUGGCAAGCUGACUUACGUGUAUAUUUCCUGUGCCUUCUGGGGUUUUCUUAUAGCAAAAGGUGAAUGUAUUGCUGGUUCGUUGAAACUAUUUCCUUCUCAAUGUAUAAUUCUUCCAAUCUUUUCUUUUGCACAGUGCAUUGUGCAGUUUUGUAUUAGAAGCAUCUCUCCACCCCUUCUCUUUCUUGGUCUAUCUAUAUAUCUAUAUGUGAGCUCU